UUGCAUAGAGAGUUGAAUAAUGGGAAUGGGACUCUGGAAAAAAGAAUAAAAAGGAGCAAAUUGAGGGAGGGAGAGAGAAAGAAAGAAAGAUAGUGAGAGAAAGAAAGAGAAGGAAAGAGAGAGAGAGUUUCUGGUGGGCUUUGAGCUGUGAUUAGCUGUCUUUCUCUCUCUAUCACACUAGCAGUAGAGAAACUAUACAAACAAACACACAUCUCCAAAAUCCCUAGAAAUCUGCCCCCCACUCCUCCCUCCCCCACCACCACCACCACCACUUCCUUCCUCCUCAAACCCCUAACCCCAUUUUCUCUCUCUCCACAUUUUCUUCCUUUCUCUCUCUACAUUUUCCUCCUCUCUCAGAUCUCAAGGUGCUCCAAAACCCCAUUUGCAAUCUCACCUGAGAAAAUUAAGAAAGGGGUUUUUUUUCUUCUAAUUUCCUCUUUCUUUUUUCUAGGCUCUUAAUCUUUCGAAGAAAUUUUUAAAAGUGGCAUUGGUGGAUUCAGAUGUCUGGUGUGAGAUGAAGAAGAAGACCGCCACCCUCUUCCACCUCUCACUUCUCCUCGCUGCCCUUUUCCUUGCCGCGUCAUCAUUCUUCUAUGGUGCUGCUGCUCAGGAGGACCAACACCAGCACCGCCGCAGCAGCCACAUUGUCAGCCAUGGAGCUCUCUCCGACGAGGAAGCCCUCUACAUCAAGAACCGCCAGCUCCUUUACUACCGCGACGAGUUCGGCGACCGCGGCGAGCUCGUGACCGUCGACCCCUCGCUUGUCUUCGAGAAUGACCGGCUCCGGAACGCUUACAUAGCGCUGCAGGCGUUGAAGCAGGCCAUUCUCUCCGACCCGCUCAACAUCACGGGCAAUUGGGUGGGAUCUAAUGUCUGCAAUUACACCGGAGUUUUCUGCACCAAGGCGCUCGACAACAGAACGAUCCGGACCGUGGCCGGGAUCGACCUCAACCACGGCGACAUUGCCGGGUACUUGCCGGAGGAGCUCGGGCUGCUCACGGAUCUCGCAUUGUUCCACAUCAACUCCAACAGGUUCUGUGGAACUGUUCCUCACAAGUUCAACCGCCUCAAGCUGCUGUUCGAGCUCGAUUUGAGCAACAAUCGGUUCGCCGGAAAGUUCCCUCGAGUGGUUCUCCAGCUGCCGAAGCUGAAAUUCUUGGAUCUGAGGUUCAACGAGUUCGAAGGGACGGUGCCGAAGGAGCUGUUCGACAAGGACUUGGACGCCAUUUUCAUCAACCACAACCGGUUCCGGUUCGAUCUGCCCGAUAACUUCGGGAAUUCGCCGGUCUCCGUCAUCGUCCUCGCCAACAACAAGUUCCACGGCUGCGUUCCGGCUAGUUUGGGGAACAUGUCCAACCUCAACGAGAUUAUCCUGAUGAACAAUGGGUUCCGGUCGUGCUUGCCGCCGGAGAUUGGGAUGCUGAAGAACUUGACGGUGUUUGACGUCAGCUUCAACCAGUUUCUGGGGUCGCUGCCGGAGUCAAUUGGAGGGAUGGUGAGCUUGGAGCAGCUCAAUGUGGCGCACAACUUGCUGUCGGGGAAGAUUCCGGCGAGUAUUUGUUCACUGCCGAAUCUGCAGAACUUCACUUACUCGUAUAACUUCUUUACAAGUGAGCCGCCGGUGUGUCUCGGAUUGGCGGGCUUUGACGACAAGAGGAAUUGCUUGCCGAAUAGGCCGGCACAGCGAACGGCGGCACAGUGUAAGUCGUUCUUGUCCAAGCCUGUGGAUUGUAGUUCUUUUAGAUGUAAGCCUUUUGUUCCGUCUUUGCCUCCUCCUCCUCCGCCGUCACCUCCACUUCCUUCGCCUCCUCCCCCGGUUGUUUUACCCCAAUCUCCGCCACCACCGGUUUACUCUCCACCUCCACCACCACCUCCAGUGUUGUCACCGCCCCCGCCCCCCGCCCCGCCCCCACCACCAGUUUACUCGCCACCCCCACCACCGCCACCAGUUUACUCACCGCCCCCACCACCAGUUUACUCACCACCUCCGCCGCCACCGCCACCUCCGCCUCCACCCCCACCAUCACCAUCACCUCCUCCUCCACCAGUCUAUUCACCACCCCCGCCGGUUUACUCGCCACCUCCACCAUCACCACCGCCUCCAACACCAUCGCCACCCUAUUGCGUGCGGCCCCCACCACCUCCGCCACCAAGUUCACCCCCACCACCGGUUCCAUUGAGCUCUCCACCUCCACCUUCUCCCUACAUGUACUAUUCGCCCCCACCUCCACACUCGCCUCCACCUCCACAUUCACCACCACCCCCACCGCAUUCACCACCACCACCAAUAUAUGUCUAUCCAUCACCGCCACCUCCUGGACAUUCCCCACCUCCCCCAGUCCUCUCACCACCACCACCAGCACCACUUUGUAUAGAACCACCCCCUCCACCUUCCCCACCACCACCAUGUAUUGAAUAUUCACCUCCCCCGCCACCUCCUCCCAUUGUUUACUUGCCGCCACCUUCACCCUCACCCCCACCACCACCUACUAUCUAUUCUUCUCCACCUCCACCAGUGUACCAGUCCCCUCCCCCACCAUCCCCUUCACCGCCUCCCCCUGUAUUCCAAUACCAAUCACCACCACCGCCAACACCUGUUCACUACAAUUCCCCACCACCACCAUCCCCAUCACCCCCAAUUCCUUGUGAAACCCCGCCACCUCAUCCAUCACCACCCCCACCGGUUCACUACAGUUCUCCACCACCGCCAAUUGUUUAUGAAAGCCCGCCGCCUCCCACCCCUGUAUAUGAGGGCCCAUUGCCACCCAUCUUUGGAGUUUCAUACGCGUCUCCUCCGCCGCCACCCUUCUAUUGAUUCUUUUGAGAAUUUUCUCCUCCUCUAACCUUUCCCAGAGCACAGUCACCAAAAACUCAACAGUCCUCGUUCACAUUCACGGUUUCUUCUCUCCCCCACACCAUCAUUUCUUUCUCUUUCGGGCAAUUCUCAUCGCUCGUGCAGAGUUAGAAUAAGCAAAAAAAAAAAAAAAAAAGCAAUGAAAGUUUGAGUUUGUAUGCAAUUCUUGUUGUCAAUCACCGAUUUCGGCGUCGACGAACAAAUGUCUGAAGAAACAGAGAAGAAGAGGUGAAAGCAUAGAGAUGUAAUAUCAGUGUAGAGAGAGAGGUAAGAGGAGAAAGAAAGUCUCUCCCAUAUUUAUUUGAAAUUGUUAUGGAUUAUCCAUUUGAUGAGUUGUGGAGAAUAAAAAUGGCAGAGAAAGAGUAGGUUGCAGAGAAUGUGUAUGUAUAGGAGAUGCAUUUCGGAGACCAUAGUUCAGGCCACAAACACAGCGGCACCACCUCCAGCCGCUGCUGGUUUUGUGAUGGGUUUUAUUGUUAUUGUCUCUAUUUUUUUUAUAUCAUACUUUUGUUUCUUCUCAAUUUCCAAACUCUAUAGUAUAAUCAUGAACAUUUUUACUUGUA